AUGGGGACUAGCAGGCGGUCGAUACGGACGGAACAUACAGAUCGAGUCCUCAUUGCUAAAUACCGCCGAAAUCACAAGAUGCAGGCCUGCGAACCAUGCCGAAAGUCGAAAGUUUCGUGCGAUCACAGCAUCCCUUGCGGUAGAUGUGUACGGAGACGCUGUGUUGAGGAAUGCUAUUAUCACCCGAGCCCUCUUACGCGCAGCCGACAAAAAGUCAUUACGACUGCGGCAGCAGCACAAAGCGUCCUGGCACCAUCGGAGCUAAACAGCUCUGUUUCUAGCUCAAUUGAGCAACCUCGCGUAGGAAAUGAUGCAGAUGUUGUUGCCGCUUCGCAAAGGUACAGCCAGAGAGCGAGUUUAGCACUACUACAUCGUGCAGGUUCAGCACCACCAUUAUCCGACCUUACUGAGAUCUCACCAGGAAAGCACGGGUUCCUCGGCUUUACCUCGCACGCCUCUAUCAUGACAGAGAACUUGACACAACUCGGUAUACCUUCUAUCGGCCUGGAAGGAGCCACGGCUGUCUGUAAGAAACCCAUUUCGUAUGAAAGGAUCGCCAGGGGUUGUCAGGCUCUUUCCUUCUUGCAGAACAGGGCGAUCAUAGAUCGUGGCAUCGACUUAUUUUUCGAGUCUAUUGAAUGUAUCCAUAUUCACUGCGGCGAGUUCAUCGUGAAGCAAUGGCUCUCACAACUGUGGUCUGCUCAUGGCGAGACAUUGUCAAGUCAAGACCCCGAGCAGAUACAGCAGCUAUGUCAUUUACUCUGUGAAAAUACGGCGACGCCGCUGGCGUUUGAUGGUAGCACCACGGCAAGGCAGUGGAUUUGCUCUGCCACGGGCGAACACAUACGCUGGGGAGUAAUCGCCAUGAUUGCCAACUACGUGGGAUCAUAUGUGAUGGUAACGAAAUCGUCGGAUCCGUUUUUCCAGGAGUUUAACGUGGAUCGUAAAUCAUUGUUGAACCAUACGGCCGAAGUUUCAGACGCAUGUAUCGAAUUUUGCCGAGAACGUGGCGCUUUGGAUGAUACGUUCAUAUGCGCGCUUUUUGAGCACUACAACAUUACCGAAUAUACCAAGGGAGAAACGUGUUAUGCAACAUACUGUAUUGGUGCUGAAGUGAACAGUGCCCUCAUUGCGAUGGGUCUUCACCAGGAGAUCAAAGCCGACAGUCAAGUUCCUUUUUUCCUCGCUGAACUGCGCAAACGACUCCGUGCAUUGGUCUACACAGCAGAGAUCAGCAUAGCCACGUUCCUGGGUCGGCCACCGCGACUUUUAUAUCGUUAUAUGAACUUAGACCCGCCGCUAGAUCUGACAGACUCGCAAUUGUUUUCGGAAGAUCCACAGGAACUGGCGGUCGCCAUUGCUCAGCUGGAUGAGCAUGGUUACAAUAGAGAUGGAGAGUUUCGCCAUGCCUCUUUGAUAAGGUCUUAUAUUGGCUUCAUGGUAAGAAGAGAGGAGAUCCUAGAGCUGUCAUUAGGGAACUAUACUGCAGACGAGGUGCAACGAAACGCAGACGUUAUUCAACGCAAAACUGAAGAACAUUGGGCGACUCUUCCGCAUUUUAUGGUGAGCUUAAGAGAUGGUAUAUUUGGGCUUGAGACCCAGGAGGUCAUCAAGCUACACUUCCAAAAUUUCUUUCGCCAAGGUCCGCAGGCGAACUCACUUCUACUGCACCGUGUACUCAUGCGCAAAGCGGGUACGGGUCCCGCGGAAUUAAUACAUACGGCACAGACCAUCCUGAGUGACGUGAUGCGGCUGUAUAAAGUUGUCGAAAUGUCGGCAGCAAAGACUUUCAUCUACUUCCUUGCAGUACAUGGACUGCGCAGCGCGGUGAUACUGGCAAUUGAACUCCUAAAACAGGAGCAGCUCCCGGCGUAUCCUAAAACGCCGGCUCUGUCUCGAAGCAAGACGAUCCAAGAUCUAUGUAUCUUCACAGACAAGCUUAGCGACUUGGAUACAAUGUUUGGAGAUAGAGAGCUUUGCGAAAAGGGCCGAAAGUUGGUUUCUCGGGUUCUUGAUAAGAUCCUGAGCCCUCCGAACACCGCGGAUCGAGAUUGUCAUCAUUAUCCGAUGCCAACACAGCAACCCGGUACAAAAAUGUUGGCUAACGAUAUGCUGCACAACACGCAUGUGCCCGGGAGCUAUGGGAUGACGGAUGACUUCAGUUAUGAAUCUAGUGCGCAUGUCUCUAGUUCAGAUCAUGAAUUCUGGCUAUGGCUGGAGAACAUUGAUGGUCAGGGCUGGGAUCCUGUAGCGUAG